AUGGAAGUUGCACAAACUCCUUUGCAAUUGACUCAGGACCACCAAGAAGGACGAAUGACAGGAGAAGACAGCACAUCCCCACUGCGCUGGUCUCCCCCUACGUCAGCAGCGCUGGUAGCCGCUGCGCUAGCUCCACCAGCGUUACGACCCUGGCUGCCAGAUCCACCCGUUAAGAAGACUAAUCACUUGGGCCUAGUCUGCGUGGUGUGCGGUGACACGAGCUCGGGCAAACAUUACGGCAUCCUCGCGUGCAACGGCUGCAGCGGAUUUUUCAAGCGAUCGGUCAGACGGAAACUUAUAUACAGAUGUCAAGCUGGUACAGGAAGGUGCGUGGUGGACAAGGCUCACAGGAAUCAGUGCCAAGCGUGUCGUUUGAAGAAAUGUCUCGCCAUGGGCAUGAAUAAAGAUGCUGUCCAGAAUGAGCGCCAACCUCGAAAUACAGCAACGAUUAGACCGGAGGCACUCAGAGAUAUGGACCAAGAGAGAGCUUUGAGGGAAGCUGCUGUCGCUGUCGGGGUAUUCGGACCGCCAGUAUCUCUCGCGAUGGCUCUGUCCCCGGCGCGCUACCCGCUGCUGUCCCCGCACUACGCGCCGCUACCGCCGCCCCAACCAACACAGCCGCCCCAACCGGACUCCUCGCACGACCACGAACAUGCUCACACUGACAGCGACGACGACAGCAUUGAUGUAACUAACGAGGAAGACUCCACGUCGUACUCGCCGCCAGCCGCUUCUGGAUACCCUCAGAACUGUAUACCUUAUGGCCCACUAGGCGUAGAGAGUGCAGCGGAGACGGCGGCCCGGCUCCUGUUUAUGGCUGUCAAGUGGGCGAAGAACCUGCCUUCGUUCGCGAGCUUGGCGUUCAGAGACCAAGUGAUCCUGCUGGAGGAGGCGUGGUCGGAGCUGUUCCUGCUGAACGCCAUCCAGUGGUGCGCGCCGCUGGACGCCGCCUGCGCCGCGCUCUUCGGCGCCGACCAGCCCGACCAAGGUUCCCACCUACCAUAGUCGGCGAGCGCGCCGGAGCGCGGCCGCCUGCGCGCCGUGGUGGCGCGCUACCGCAGCGUGCUGGUGGACCCCGCGGAGUUCGCCUGCAUGAAGGCCAUCGUGCUCUUCAAGUCCGAAACACGAGGUCUAAAAGACCCCCUCCAGAUAGAAAACCUCCAAGACCAAGCGCAGGUAAUGUUAAUGACGCAUGCGAGAACAGCCCACGGCGCCGCCCCAGCAAGGUUCGGCAGGUUACUCCUCUUACUUCCCCUUCUGCGGGUAGUCACUCCCCAGCAACUAGAAAGGGAGUUUUUCUCCAAAACAAUAGGACAAACGCCCAUGGAAAAGGUUCUGGCUGAUAUGUACAAAAACUGAUCCGGCUUGAAGGACCAUUUUUUUGUAUUAUAACUUUAAUUUUUAGUUGAAGUUUGUUUUUGAAGUAUUGUAAAUAUAGAAUAGGAGUAGGUGUAGAAUAUAGUAUUACUAUAUACUAAUUAGUAUUUGUAUUUGUAUUCUAGAAUAUUCUAAGUUUUAAAUCACAUUUAAAGGCCUAGUAAAAUACAUUUGCAACAAGAUUAUAUCAACAAAUUUAAUAUGUAUAACAAAAUACGAGUAAGUAAAUGAAAUAUGUAAAAAUGUAUUAUCUAAAGAGUCGACAUGUAAAACAGUUUAAUUUAUGCUUUAACGCUUAUCCUUUGUAUAAAUGAUAUUAGCAUUAAAUGUACAUAAAUGUAGUUAUAAUUAUUGAUAUUCCAAUAAAUAAAUUACAAUAGUUUUUCAAUAAUAUAA